AUGGGUCUCACAAUCCACCACCUCGGCCACUCACAAUCCGACCGCGUCGUCUGGCUCUGCGAAGAAUUGGGCCUCACCUACGACCUAAAAAAAUACGACCGCUCGCCUGUCCUCGCCCCCAAGGACUUCAAAGCCCUGCACCCCAUCGGCGCGGCUCCCGUUAUCGAAGACACCACCGCCUCCCACGGCGACAUCAAACUCGCCGAAACGGAAGCGUGCGUCGAGUGGAUCUGCAAUGUCCAUGGCGAAGGCAAGUUGCUGGUGAAGCCGGGGGAGAAGAACUAUGCAGACUUCUUGUUUUAUUAUCAUGUCACGAAUGGGACCUUGCAGCCGGCAGUGGGGAGGGUUAUGGCGUUGCAGAUGAGUGGGAUGAAGAAGGGGCAGCCGACUCUGGAUCGGUAUGAGGCGAAGGUGUAUCAGGUGUUGGAUUUGUUGAAUCAGCGCUUGGGGGAUGUGCCUUGGUUGGCUGGGGAGGAGUUUUCUGCUGCUGAUAUUAUGAUAAUUUUUUCGUUGACAACGAUGCGAGAGUUCUGCCCCAUUGACCUGAGCGGCUACAAGAACCUCCUGUCCUACAUUCACAAGAUUGUUAAGCGUCCAGCAUACCAGAGGUACCUGGAGAAGGGAGACCCCGACCUCGACAUUGAGAAGUACAUCCAGGGACCACCACCGCCAAUCUUCCCAGCUUUCAAGAGCCAUAUGUAA